UUAAUGAUAAUAAAUAGGUAUUUUAUUUUAUUUUUAGAUCCAAUUGUAAAGAAACAGUAACUAGUCCUGGAUUUAGUUUUCGUAUAGCUCAAAAAGCUCGGGAAAUGAGGUCAACAACUCCAAACACUGAUGUAUCAAAUUUAUCGACAUCCUAUACUUUGGAAAACAGUAUAAACGGAAGCAAUAUAAUUAAUGGCAGUAAUACAUCAAGAGACAUAUAUGAUAAGAAGCGGAAAUUGAUGGAAACAUUAGAUAAUUUUGGAGUGAGAAAAAGAACUCGACAAGAGGUAAUAUAUAAGAGUGGUGUUGAUGCAUUUGUGAAUCGACGUCGAAGAACCAUAAGUGAAUCUAAUGCACCUGACCGUGUAAUGGUGAUGAAUGGACAUAAUCAUAGAUUCAAUCAACCUAUACCAACCGUAACAAAUUCUUCAAGUGUUAAUGUAGAAAACAAAAAAACUAAAAGACAAGGAGAUUUUGGAAUAAAUAUAUGUCAUCCUCAGAAGAAACCUAGAACUCGGAAUAAUGAAAUAUUGAGCUCUUAUAGUUCUAGCAAAUUUUUAUUAACGCCUGGUCAAAAACGACCUUAUCCAUCAGACCAUGAAGAAGAAUCACCAGAGCGUAAACAUUGUAAAAGCUGCACAUGUUGUGGAUCUACUGUCUUACUUCAGAAUGACCAGAAUACUUCCAACAAAAGUGACAAAACCACAGAAACUGACCUGUCUGAUGAUUUAGUAACAGUUGCAGCAAGUCGCAUAUUUAACAGAAGUGGUAAAACUCAGAUCAUUAAAAAAAUAUGUAUGAAAAGUAUACUUGAUGAAGUAUUUGAAGAUACUGAUCCUAUACCGUACACAAGUAUUGAAAAGCUUGAAGAAAAAAAGAAAAAAGCUCAGAAAAAAGUUAUUUCAAUUGAACAUAAUGAUAAGUCUAAUGUGAAAAAUGGCAACCAGUCUAUUGAUUCAGCUGCUUGUGAACCAUUACCUAAAAUAUCCACAUUUAAUGAAACACCACCAGCAGUAACUAAUGUAGUGUCUAUUGUGUCAAGUACUUCAUCUAGUGCUACAUUAAUUACAACAUCUACAGUACAGUCUUCAAUGUCACAAACAAUUGGUCUUCAAUCAUCUGAGAAUACACCUAAGAUAAGUGAAAUAAACAAAAAUAACACUUCAUUAAAAUUUAGUUUUGGUAGUCCAAUAGCUUCUACAGUAACAUCUGUUGAAGAAAAUCAUAAACAGACUAAUGCAGUUGAUGAGAAAGUAAUUGAUAAUAAAACACCAGAAUCUAUUAAUAAUACAUUUUCCAUUAAGACGCAAAAUAGUUCUAUAAAAAAUCUCAAUAAACAAAAUAAAUUUAUUUUGUCUCCAGAAACAAAUAAAAAUUUGCAAAAUGAAGGACAAAAUAGCUUUAAUAAUGACAAAGAUAAACCAUCAUUCCAGUUUACCAUUGCAGCAUCUAAACCAAGUGAAUCUGUCACAACUCCUGACAAGUCAAUAGAUAAUUCAAAGAAAGAAGCAACACCAUCAUUUACGUUUGGAGCACCCAAGGCUGAUAAAAAACAAUCAACACCUGUAAUGCAAUUUGGUGCGCCUAAAGAUAAUGAAAAACAACCAUCGCCUGUAUUGCAAUCUGGAAUACUUAAAUCUGAUGAAAAACAAACAACACCUAUAAUGCAAUUUGGUGCACCUAAAGUUGAUAAACAAUCAACACCUAUAAUGCAAUUUGGUGCACCUAAAGUUGACGAUAAACAAUCAACACCUAUAAUGCAAUUUGGUGCACCUAAAGUUGAUAAUAAACAAUCAACGCCUAUAAUGCAAUUUGGUGCACCUAAAGUUGACGAUAAACAAUCAACACCUAUAAUGCAAUUUGGUGCAUCUAAAGUUGAUGAUAAACAAUCAACACCUAUAAUGCAAUUUGGUGUACCUAAAGUUGAUAAUAAACAAUCAACGCCUAUAAUGCAAUUUGGUGCACCUAAAGUUGACGAUAAACAAUCAACACCUAUAAUGCAAUUUGGUGUAUCUAAAGUUGAUGACAAGUCUUCAACUCCUGUAUUACAAUUUGGUGCAUCAAACACAGAUGUUCAUCAAACAACUCCUAAAUUGCAGUUUGAAGUUACGAAAGGAUCAGAGAAUCAAACAUCUACACCAUUAUUCUCGUUUGGUAAUAAUCAAAAAUCUACAGAAAAUUCAAAAUCUACUGAUUCUGUAAAAUUUCAAUUUGGUCCUCCAAAGGCUGAUAGUGUACCCUUAACAGAAUCUACAAGUGUAGUUUUUGGGUCAAAUCCACAAAAUAAGAAUCUUUUUAAUUUUGGUAAUACAAAUAACAUAACCUCACCUACUGGUAAUCCUCCUAAAUAUGAUGGUACUGCUGAAAAAACAACACCUAAAUUACAAUUUGGUGCUUUGCCAACAUCGGCAUUUGUAGUGUCUACAACAGAUCAAUCAAAACCUCAAUUUAGUACUUCUGUUACUCAAUCUACUAUUAACCAGGGUCCUAAAUUAGUUUUUGGUAGCCAAACAGCGGAUAACAAACCAACAGCUUCUGGCAUGGGUUUUGCUAGUAAUACAGCAAAUCCCAUUUUUCAAUUUAAUAAUUCUGGAUCAAAACUUGGUGAUAAACCUUCAGAGACUCCAAGUAGCUCUUUUCCAUUCACUUCCAACACAACUGCUCCAGCUUUUGGAGCCUCUGAUAAACCAGCAUUUCAGUUUAAUGCUCAGAAAACAGAAGAAACAAAAACCCAGUUUCCAACUUCAACUUUUGGAUCUCAAAAUACAAGUGCUCCCUUUAAAUUUGGAGGAAAUGAAAAACCUGCUUCUUUUGGAACUACAUUUCCUUCUUCUAACCAACCAUUACAAUUUACAAAUAAUACCGAGAAAACAACAGAACCAUUCAAAUUUGGAAGUACAGUUCAAACAAGUAAUGCAUUUCAAUUUAGUGCCAAUAAAGCUGAUAAUGGUCCAGUAAAAUUUGGUCAAGCUUCAAAUACCUUUGCUACAUCUGGGUUUAGUGGCUUUGGUAAUUCAGCACCUCAACAAACCACCACAUUUGGUACUGUUCAACCAUCGCAACCCUCUCCAUUUGGCAACAUUACUUCCCCUAAUGCUGCACCUACAUUUGGUAGUGUAGCUUCAUCUCCACCUAAUACAUUUGGAACAAAUCAAAGUUUUCAGUUUGGUAGUGCAAGCAAUGCUCCUAGUAGUUCAUCUACAUUUGCCUUUGGCAGUAAUUCACAACCUACUAAACCAGAUGGUGCUUUUAGUUUUAACGCUGCAUCUACAACAACUUCACCAUUCCAAUUUGGCCAAGCCCCAUCAACACCACAGUUUGGAGGAACACAACCAAACCAAGGGUCAUUUGGUUUUGGAUCACCUCCAAUGUCUACAACUGGUAUGUCAGGAUCAAGUCAACCAUUAUUCUCCAUGGGAACAGCUCCUGCCGGCGAAAGACGUAAAGCUAAAGCAGUUAGAAGACGACAAUAAUUUAAUAAUUAUAGUUUCAAUUUUUUAUUAAAAUACUCUCAAUUUAAAGAGUUUCAAUAUUUCAUCUUCAAAAAUACAAAAACACUGUAGUAUAUCUUAUACACCAAUUUGACGAUCACAGUAAAUUAGAGAUGUAAAUUAAAUUUAUAUACUUAAAAACAAUUUCAAAUUUCAAUUAUUUAUCAACAAAAUAUUAUGUUAUUACUUCUAUGGAUCAUUUAUUAUUUUGCAGUAUUAAUUUGUUUUAAUUUGCAAGUAUCUGUUUUAAUUUAGUUUUUAAUAUUUAUUUGAAUUGUUUGGUAGUACAGUUCUUAUUGACUUGCUUAUUUUAUAAAUAUUGUACUUCAAGUAAUCAAAUAUUUAUUUUAAAAAUUAUUAAUAUCACAGUGUACAAAUUAUACAUUGUAUGUAAUAAUUAUUUGAGUUAUUUAACUUUUCCAACUAUACUAAUUAAUUUACAUGUCAUUUAAAAUCAUCUGCUUCAAUAAUUGUAUACAAUUUUUUUUGAGACUAAACAAACAAACAAAAACUUAAUAACUAUAAAUACAUUUAUAACUUUAUAAGUUUUAUUAAACAUAUCUUCCAAACUACUCAUAUUUAGUUUUUUUAAAUAAAAUAUUUGUGUAUUAUAUUGUAAAUUCUUAAAAAGUUAUUAUUGUUUCUUGUAUGCUUUUGUAUAAAUAAUAAAUUUAAAUGUUAAGAUUUUAAUUUGUUAUAAGUAUUUUUUUUUCAUCUGUGUAUCAGUGUAAGCUAUUACAUUUGAAAAAUUGUAAGAUUUAAUAUUGCCACAUCUACUUUUGAUAAUUUUAUCACAUGUAAAUAUAUGUAAAAUUUGUUAUGUUUUUUAAUCUA